UUUCGUAUUGAUAUUACCUUGUCUAGUCUGUGUACACUGCCUUUAACCUAAGUGUCAAUCCGGGAAAGCGUCGAUGUAAUCCAUGUUCUUGCUAUAUAUGUCAAAUAAGCUACGGCAUUGAUAUUAGGCUGCCGGGGCCAAAACAAGUUAACGGAUAAUAUAAGCGGGCAUAAAGAAGAGAUGGAAGAGCCUUGUGAGUUGAGUUGGUCAUGGUAUAAAAUUCGGCAAUCCAGAGAGUAUUUGAAAUACUUCGAUGACACUUUUUCGGCGAAAAACAGUGAUAUUUUUUUCUGUCAUUUGAAUGAAAUAGAGGCACCACUUACGUCAAAGAAUGAAACUCAGCUUAGUAUCGAUUACGAAGCAGUUUCUAUCGAUCCAAGAAGCAAAAAAGUAAUAGUAAAUCCUAUUGUGGAUAAUUCGGAAUUAGUGAGCAAAACUAGAAUGUCGAAAAUGUUUGCGGUAUUUACAAAAGUUUCGGCGCUGACGGAAAAGGAGCAUAAGUCAGGUCUGCAAGUUUUGCUUCAUGAUCAAGAGAAAAUGAAGACUUCGUCGCAAGUUCUUACAUCAAAUAAAAGAGUUCAGGAAAUGAAAGAAUUCAAUGCAAUUGUGGAAAAGAUGUUGUGUGUAGAGCCAAUUCGAACUUCAAGGCUAAAGGAAGUAUUAAUAGCACAAUACUUGCAAAUCCUUCAAAAUAAAGCACAGAAGAUUAUUAACAAAGGUAAUCAGUUCUACUCAAUUCAAAGUGCAAUUCCAUUUGGGUCAAAAAAUGAGAAUGCGAUACAGUAUACACAAGGCGAGAUUGUUAAACAGAGCGGUGAUGUUAUCGAAUAUUUACCAAAUUUCAACUUUACUAAUGUGUUGAAAUCAGAGAAAAGUAUUUCUGAAAUUGAAUUUCUUUCAUUUCAAACUUCAAAUCAAGAGAAUAUAGAGCGCCUAUUUGCAGAGACUGCCAUUAUCCUUCCUGAGGCUUCAGCAAUCCUUCUUCUAAACUGUUGCCCCACAUUAGAAAGUUGGGAGAUAGCAUUUAAAAUUACUCCAUCAGAUUGCAAUUCGAAUGGAUUAAUCUCUUUUGAUGAACCAUUACCACUUCGUUCUGGAACCGAAUUUGUUUGUCAUCAAACUUUGGAGUACAUCAUUAGACAGCAGAUGUUAUCGAAAGCAGAUUGUCGCUGCUUAUCACUAGAUGAUGGAAAAAUAAGAAAGAACACUUAUGGAGAACAUAUGGAUAUACAUGCUGUUGAUUUAGACUGUGACUAUCAUAUUGUUGACUACAAUGAAUAUUUACACAAGAAAACACCUCGUCCGUCCGAAUCCAUCGCAUUCAGCUCAAGUGAAAUUUUCAGAAAAUGGGCAAUAAAAAGGAAAAGUUCUAAUGCGAAUUCAAUGCAAAUGAAUAUUAUCACAAAAACCAGCGUUCCUUUUUUUCAGUUUGAAAAUGGAGAGCCCACUUUUGUGAAUCUGUCACUUAAGAUAGAAAACAAAAUCGACUUCGGUGCAGAACUAAUGACUAAAAAUGAACUAACUAGAGAAUGGUUACGGCAAUAUUUAAUUUCUAAUGGAUUCACUAAACGAGUGCGACUUGAUGCUCAUGAUUCGAAACUUAUAGCAAUACAGAAUCUGGAUUUAAACGACAUCGAAGCUGAACUAAAGCGUUUAUACAACACAAGCCCAGAAGAUAUGCUCAGUCCUCUUUUCUCUAUGCUUACACUGAUUCAGAAUUUUCCUGUCGGCGAUUACUUGCUAAAGUUCAAUCCAAAAUUUAGUGAUAAGCUGAUGGUCUAUUCGAAAGCAUCUACAAACUCUGUUAACGGAAUAAAUCUUCCUGAAUUAUAUGAAAGUAUUCGCUUCAAAGGAAACUUCAUACAAUCAUCGGAUUACAUUCCAAUUGAUGGCAAUGUGGUAACUGAUUGGCAUAAAACCUACAAUGUCCUUCCUUGUUGUUUUCCCCACUGGCACAUCAGUGAAAAGUCGUUGCAUAAGGAAUUGGAUAAAGCUGCAACUCAAUCGAAACGAACAAGGAAAAAAGCAAAAAUGAACAAAAGUGAAGUUAAAAAUGACUAUAUUUAUGGUAAUAACGAUCUGCGAAAAAUGCCCAAUUUGAAUUCAAUAAUAAGGUCAGACUCUAGUGGUGCUCAUCUAUUAAGCACAAAACUAUUAGAAAAAUCGAAGAUAACUAUUAGAAGUAAAAUUAGUAAAAAGAAAAAAGGAUUAAGGAAUAAACUUUCAGGAAUUCUCAAAAGAAACUCCGGAAUAUAUUAGCAAGAAAUUAUUUCUAUCUUGUAAAUAUAUUGAUGAAGUAUUUUGGAAUCAGACCCAAGGCAGUAAUGAAUGGCGAAUGGAAAAUUUAAUCGAUUCCCUAAAAUGUUAAUUUGUUAAACAGAGAUCAUUGGACAUUGAAAUUCGCUUCUUCCAAACAUGUAAAUAUAACGUUAUUGAAUACAAUGAUAAUAAACAAUCUUAUUCUACUGAAUACUGCGAUUAUAUUAAGGAAGCAAAAGUAUUACAUUGUUAAGUCGUGAACCUCCUUCUUCGAACUGCCAACUAUUUUCAAAAAUCUUUUCACAUUAAUUUAUAAAAUACAGUGCUGGGUAAAAAAAUCCUAUCAGUAAGAAAAUCUGAUUUUUGAGUAAAAAUAUCGAGCUGUUAAAUAAAGUAAAUAUGAAUGUU